AUGGCUUCUAGAAUAUUUCAGGAUUCAAACAAAAACAAUGCAGGAGACUUUAUUGGCGAAAGUACAGUGACACAAUCAUGUGAGCCUUGUAUGAAAACCAACAUAUCAAAAGCUGCAACGGUUUUCUGCAAGGAUUGUGAUGAAUUUUUAUGUGAUACGUGCAAAAAUCCGCACAUCGUGUAUAAGCCAGGUCAGCAUAACAUUGUCAAUAUAAAGGACAAUAAAUCUGCGCCCGAUAUAAUCGACAUGAAAGGAAUUGACAAGUGUCACGAGCAUGAGCGAGAAAUAGAGUUUUUCUGUCAGGAUCAUUCUAAGCUGUGUUGCAGUUCAUGCGUUCUCAUUCACAGGAAAUGUGACCAAGUGGAUGAAAUAGCCAAAGUAUCCAGACAAGCACGACCUGAGCUUCAAGCAUUAAAACAAACGUUGAUAAAAUUGCAAUCCGAGGCUGACGCUAUUAUAGCGGAUUGUGAGCAGUCGGAAACUGACGUAAAUGAGUCCUUUGCAAAGAUAUCUUCAGAAGUGGAUGAAAUGAGAGAUCGUAUCAUACAACUAUUUGAAGACGCAAAGCAGAAAUUUAUUACUGAAGCAAGCGAAUUAAAAACUGCUGAAACUAAAACAAUUGGGAAUAAACGUGACGCCUCGUCCAAAGUUAAGGACGAAAUAAGUAAAGUUUUGUCGAUGUGUUCUGUCGUUUUAGAGAACGGAACGCCCAGUCAACAAUAUAUUUAUUCGGACAGUAUCAAGGAGAAACGUAAAACAAUUGAAUCAAUCAUAUAUGACCAAAGAAAGAUUAAAGAUGCAUCAACAGUUACAGUGUCUUUUCAAAAGAGCUGA